AUGGAGAAAGACGGAGCAUGGCUAGCUGACGGCGAGUAUCUGGACUUUGUCAGGUCACUUUCCUUCUCGGACCCGCGGCUUAGGCAGCGGGAUCCCAAAGCUACCACCCAGCGCAUCCCGUUCACAGAUGACAAUGUCAGAGUUGUCAAGCUUAGCCUCGAAAAUGGCAAGUUCACAAGGAAGGCAGAGUUCAGCGAGCCGGCUAGCCUGCAAACCCACUUCCGCAAUACCGCACUGCAACGCGGUCGUCAGAAUGUCUAUAUUGUCGAAGGACUUGGUCCUGGUUUCGCCAGCGUGCUGGGAGAACAGUUUUCUCUUCACCCCUCGUUCUUCGUAGAGCAUGAGCGCGUCGUUGUGCAUAACCUCAACUGGACGGGAGAGAGCGACGGUGUACAAUUGCCGUCCGUCAUCCAAAGCCGUGGCCAUCUCGAGGUGAAGUACUACGAGGUUGUCACGUUUGACAGGAAACCGACAAGUUUCCGCUGGGUAUGCGCGGCUACCGGGAGACACAUCGGUGUCUCUCGAGACUUCAGAUGGGACAAUUCUCCUGAUGAGAUUGACAAUUUCAUGGAUGCUGGUGUUGUGCGGAGGAAGUGUGGUGUAUGGUCCUGGAGGACUGAGGGUGGCGGUUGGGACUGCCUCGUCCUCUGCGACCCUCCAGUCAGAAGCGUUAGGACAGGAGACCGGUACAACGUCGAGUAUCUCGUCAAGACUUGGCCUUAUCAGGGCGGCUACCUGGACUUUGUUCCCGAAGAAGAGCAAAUCCGCGUCGCCAAAGAGGGCUUCUAUCGAGGACCGCCGCGGAUUUCCAUGUUGGAAGACCUUUCCUUCUACCUGGAAACGCACUCGCGCCUUGUGGACGUUGCAGAGCCCGAAUCUGUCGCCAUCUUCGUCAAAAAACUCGUGGCAUCCCAUUUCCUCAAGCAGACUGAGCACCUCCGCGCAACCCUCUCCGCGGUUCAGCGCGGGCUCACGCGCAAGCAGGACCUGGCCAAGAUGCCUAUGAACAAAGUCGAGGCCUUGUGGAGCGACAUGCAGGGCUGGGAGCGGCGAACGGGUGAAUAUCUUGAGGACCUCGAGGGCAUAAUGCUGCAGCUGGGUAUUCCUCUAUCACACCCCGCUGGCCCCGUUGUGGCCACGCCGCCGACGACGAGGGGGGCGUUAUCAGCAGCCAGCAUUGCGUGGCAGGAUUGCACGGCGGACUUCCAGUUUCUUUACCUUCGUUUCCGAGAAUUAAGGCACCGCACGGAGACGCUCAACGCUGCGGUGACGGGAUUGGCGAGCAUCACAGGCAAUCGACAGGCUUACAAGGAACAGCAGCGGAGCAUAAGCGAAGCCAAGCGGACCAAAGCUAUUACGCUUCUCGGUCUCGUGUUCAUUCCUUUGGCGUUUACCACGUCAUUGUUCGGAAUGGAAUCGCCAUAUAAGCCUGGCGACGGAAAGUUUUGGGUGUUUUUUGUCACAUCAGUCCCUCUGAUCUUGGUGGUGUUGCUGGGGUACUAUGUGUUGGAUUUCGGGUACAAUGAUGAAGGAAGAGCAUGGUCACUGGACAAUUUCUAUAAUUCCGUGGCUGGGAGGUUGGACAGGUUGAAGAGGCAAGAAACUGCCGUCCUACAAGAAUUACAGGAAAGUAAGGCGUGA